AUGGUUACCAACGGGAUAGAUGUUAACUUGAAGGCGUCUGAUACCAUGUUGAAGAUGGAGCAUUCAUCCAUUUGCAGAAAGAUCAAGCAACAGAAAGAAAAGAGAAGAAGGAUGCCAUUGUUAUUGAAAAGGAAAGAUGAAGAAGAAAAAAUAUUGGUUGACAUUGGUCUGAAUGGAGACUUAGUAGAAGGGUUGCUCCAUCCAUUGCUUGAGGGUUGCCAUGAUUGCUUUUGGGAGGCCAACGAGAGAGUCUCUCCCUCCGCCUACGAGAGUAGGGGAGGAUUGACGGAUAAUAGACUUUUGUUGCCCGAUUCUCUUGUCUUUACUAAUGAGAGUGAGGAGGAUGAGAUUCUUGGAGGUGAUCCCAAGCCCGAUCCAAGAUCGGAACACUCUUUGUAUUUUGUUCCACUUCUCUUCAAUCAAACCAAAGGAAAUCAAAACCUCUGCCAUAAAAUAGCCGUCACAAGAAAAAGCGAGAUAAUUUACAUUAUGAAUCAAGCAACUUCAAUCCGUCAUCAUUUUGAUGAAAAAUUGAUGAAUGAUGUUCGUGAUCAAAAAUUAAAGAAAUUAUUAGGGCAAAAGAAAUUACACCUAGUGCUAGACUUGGACAAAACUCUUUUACAUUCAAAACAAAUCAAAACCCUAACCACUCGCGACAAACUACGAAUAGAAGUUUACCGUCAAAUGAAUAAGAAUGGCGAUUUGUACGAGGUUGGUAUGAAGUCUCAAGGUGAAAAAUUCAUGACAAAAUUAAGGCCAAAUGUGCAAAAUUUCCUCAAUGAAGCAAGCAAAUUAUUUGAUUUCUCAGUUUUUACACUUGGAACACGUGCUUAUGCAAGACGAAUGAUGAAAUUACUUGACCCUGAUGGUUUGUACUUUGCUCAUUCACAAGUGAUCACAAGAGAAGAUCUCGUUACGCCACAAUCUAAGAAAAUUCCAUUUCAAAAAGACCUUAAUUUUAUAUUGUCACAUGAAAAGGUUGUUUUAAUUGUAGAUGAUGACAAAAAAGUAUGGAAGAAUAAUGCUGAAAAUUUGAUUGAUAUAAGUCCAUAUGAGUACUUUCAGGAUAAUACAACUCAAUCUGUCUCUUCGAAUAGAGAACGAGUUCGAUUGGUUGUAAGUGAAGAGAGUGUUAAGUAUGGUGAAUUAACAAGGGUUUUGAGAGAGUUGAGAAAGAUUCAUAAGGAAUUUUAUGAUAUUAAAGAGGACAAUCAAGAUCAAUUCGAAAAUCGAGAUGUUAGAGUUGUAAUUAAGGAGAUAAAAAGAAAGUUUAGAUUGUUGGGGAACUAA